AUGUUCGUCGAAAGUGGGCAAGAACUUGUUGGAUUCGGCGAAGAUAGGCUGCAAUCUUUGGGACUGAAACAUCGCUCUAAAGUGAUUGUGAAGCAUUCCUUACUUUCGCAAUGGGUUACUUUUUGCGAAUGCUAUGACUCCGCUCAAAAGUCGAAACAACAACAUCGAAUCAAAUCUGAUGUCGAUGCGGCGCUACAACUACUGAAGUUGCUACAACCGGCCAAUUUCUUCGUCUGUUAUUCACGCUUCGAUACGACAGUCCGCGUCUUCUCCGAUGAAUUCGCUGAUUUUUUGGACCAAAGCAACAAAUACAUCGAAUAUGCGGCUGGGGGUUAUUUUUCGAAAUUCUUCAACGACAGCCCAGAGCAUCCUCAAAUCGAAAUAAAGUGCAAGCCGAAAGAGAACGCUGGAGCACAGGGCGGACUCAUCUGCGAAGUGCUAAAAAGAGAAGUCACUCUCGGGAAGUUCCAUGUUAAGACCCAUUUUGACACCGCAAUUCGCUCUUCAAAUCAUACGAGUCCUGACCUUCGCGAGCUAUUCGUCUACCGAUUGCUAGAAGCGAUAAAGAUUGGGCCGGAAGUGCAUUUUAUACCAAAUACUCAUUAUUCCACAUUUGCUCUCUACAUCGCGACAAAAGACGUUAUUGGUUUCAAACAAGCGCACGAGGCCCGUUCUGUAAUCAGCGGUGAAUGCAAACUCCAACUGGAACUUCUACCCAAUUAUGGGCUGGACGGUGAUAAGAAUCUCUGCAUCGUCGAUUUCCAGGUGGAUCAUCAUACGAAGAGCGCUGACGUAAAGGAAUAUUUAUAUGCAGACAAGGAGGAGCGUAUCCGAGUGGGGAAGCUCUGUUUUACGAAUUGGAAUCUGGCGAAGAUUGUUGAGGAUGUCGACAACCGUAUUGAUGUUCAGAAGGCUUUAUUCAAGGAGAAGCGCAUCUCGUUUUUGCCAAGCAAAAACUACAACGAAUAUCUUUCUCAAGUUAAAAAAAAUAUCACGAUGUUUGGUGAGGUAUUUGUG